GUAUUCAUAAGCGCAUGCAAUCAAAACACCAUUCGAGUAAAUCAUUUUCUACAAGCAAAAAGGUUCAUCUUCUUACCCUGUUUUUAUUUUUAAAGUGAACUUUCAAUUCUAACCGCAACCUGCCACCUGUAUUCUAGGCUUCCAAAAAAAAGUACAAACAAACUAAACCACCGUGGAAAAAAGCAUCUCCCAACAUGGAUGUUAAUCGAGUUCACCUAUUAAUUAUUCAACUUCGCAAACGGAUCAGAGGGCUGGCCUUGAUUCAAGAUCGUAUCCAAGAUGAUGUAAACAUGUUCAAAGAUGGCGACCCGAAGCUCAGGGAUAUUUUCGAGGAAACGCGCAGAUACUACCUCGAUCACUUGGGUAUCACAAUCGAACAGCUGCGUGAGGCAAUGAACACGUCUGAGAUCGAGCUCCCACCUGAUGAGAUCUUCGUCGAGAGGAUAAUGAAGAGGGUUAGGCCGAUUACGAGGCGGUAUCUAGAGCGGCUCGUCCAGACCGGAAGGAUCACCAAAUGCGACAUGGAGUGCAUAAUCCAAGGAGAAUACACCAGCGUUGAGGCGUUCUUCGAAGACGUAUACAACAACGUUGAAUCAUUCGGCACUAAAAAUGAUGCUAGUUCUUCAGAGAGUAGGCAAUCAACAUCCAAUAUCGAAAUAUACGACGAGGAUGGAUUCCUAACACUCACAGAUGAUGCCAAUCAGAAUGAUGAACAAGGGGAUUCUCAAGACGAUAACACCGACCCUCAGAAAAAAGCACCUACAGAUGAACCAGGGACGUCGGUGCUAAGUUCAGGCGACAUAGUACCUCCGGUUAAGCUAGAAGCACCGGAAAAGCCAUCAGAAGAUAUAGAAAGCGAGAUAGAGAAACAGUCAUCUUCCGAGGUAUCGAAACUAGAAACAUCCGCGCUACAUACAGUAUCAAAGGAAGAAAAGGCCUCCCCAGAAACAGAAAGCGACGAUCCCGAUACAGCAGACGGAAGCUUUUCAGUUGACUGUCCCGUGGACGACCAAGAAGCGAGCUUGUCGGACACAGAAACCUCCAGUUCCGAUGACUCGGACGUAAGCUCAUUAGUGAAUUAUCUUGUGGACGACGAAGAGCACACACAAGCGGAGGAAUCCGAAUCCGACGAAGCUCAAGACCUCCCGCAACCUUUCCUCCCUGCGAUUCCCAAGACGAGGGCACAUGCGGAAUGCGACUCCGACGAGCAAAAAGACGGCAUUAGCGGUAGCGAUGAUAUACUGGAUACCUGGCUACGAUCCCACGAGAUGUUCUACUGGCAGUACGAGAUCAUCUUCGCCGCAAUAUUGACCUCGUUCAGAUUCAAGGAGAGAUUCCAGUCUGCGAGGAACGCCUACAAGGCUGACCCCUUUGCCGAUUGGGACUAA